CGCACGCACGUUCUGGCCGAAUCCAGGCUCUAGGGACUAAAGAGGUCUAUGAAAGUAGAAGUCAGCACUAGAUCCCUGUUCUCCGCAGGUCCCUGACUGUUGAACAGGUGACCUGCAUAAUAAAGAUGAAGACAGAGACAGAGACUUUACUGGACGAAAUUCGCAAUAACCAGCUCCAAAUCCUAAAAAGGGCGAAGAAUCAGUGGCCGAAGCUAACCUCUUCAUACCCACACCCCUUUUCCUUCUAGGCCACCAUGUGUGCAGGCAACGGCACCCCUUGGGGGUCAGCUGCAGUGGAGGAGGUGUGGGGUGGAUCAGGAGUAGAGAUGGAGGAUUCAGAGCUGCCCACGUUCUCAGCUGCAGCCAAGGUCCGAGUGGGAGUGACCAUCGUGCUGUUUUUUUCUUCUGCUGGUGGGAACUUGGCCGUGCUGUGGUCAGUGACGCGGCCGCAACCCAGCCAACUCGGCCCCUCUCCAGUGCGGCGACUCUUUGCCCAUUUAGCAGCUGCCGACUUACUGGUCACUUUUGUGGUUACGCCCCUAGAUGCCACCUGGAAUAUCACUGUUCAGUGGCUGGCCGGGGAUAUUGCAUGUCGGACACUCAUAUUCCUGAAACUAAUGGCCAUUUAUGCCGCAGCUUUCCUGCCUAUGGUCAUUGGGCUGGACCGCCAGGCAGCAGUACUCCACCCACUUAGACCCCGCUCAGCUGGAAGGAAACUUCUGGGGGCAGCCUGGGGACUUAGUUUCCUGCUUGCCUUGCCCCAGCUGUUCCUGUUCCAUACUGUCCGCCGAGCUGGCCCAGUCUCCUUCACUCAAUGUAUCACCAAAGGCAGCUUCAAGGCUCGAUGGCAAGAGACCACCUAUAACCUCUUCACCUUCUGCUGCCUUUUUCUGCUGCCACUCACUACUAUGACCAUCUGCUACAGCCGCAUUGUCCUCAGUGUGUCCAGUCCCCAGACAAGGAAAGGGAACUGUGCCCCUGCCGGUGAAUUUGCCCUCCGCCGCUCCUUAGACAAUCGCUCCCAUGUUUGUCUGCGGGCCCUGCAACUGGCCCUGCUUGUCUUGCUGACCUUCAUCCUCUGCUGGACACCUUAUUACCUGCUGGGUCUGUGGUACUGGUUCUCUCCCACCAUGCUAACUGAAAUCCCUCCCAGCCUCAGCCACAUCCUUUUCCUCUUUGGCCUCCUCAAUGCUCCUCUGGAUCCUCUCCUCUAUGGGGCCUUCGCCCUUGGCUGCCGAAGAGGGCACCAAGAACUUAGUAUAGACUCUUCCAGGGAAGGAGGGUCUGGGAGAAUGCCCCGAAAGGAGAUUCAAGCUCUUAGACAGCUGCAAGUACAAACAAAUGUGGCAGGAAGAAGGGCAGGAGAAACAAAAGAGACGUUCCUAUAACAUCCAUUUGCUCAGAACAGAGUAUAUAGAAAAAGAAUAAUUAUUCUUUAAUAUCAUGAGAAC